AUGGAUGACGCCAUUGGAUAUGUCAACAAAAUUAAAACUUGUUGCAGACAUACAGACAGAAGGGAACAACGCCCAAUUCAGGAAGUCUAUCUACAAGUGGCUUUAUCAUUCAACUCGGCUCCUGACUUAUUAGCAGACUUUAAAAAGUUCUUACUGGACCCAGAUAACAUAGCCAAUCCUGUGAUGGAACCAGUCAGAGUGUAUUGGCAAACACCUUCCCUCCUUGAUUUGUAA